CACUAAUGACGUAACCUCUCCUUAGCUUUGACAACAAGCAGAAGGGGCAAACGAGUUGGAACAUCGACCAGCCUAGUUGCCGACAUUGUCAGUAGGGCGCUGUAGUCAUAUUCUUCACGGCAGAACAUACUCAAUAUUUGACGACCCUUUAGGAACAAACUACGAUUUCCGAAAAUCGCUCAACUCUCUGUAAGGCUUCUCUGUUUGUGGAGUUGCUAUUUCCUGGUUGGUAACGUUACUAGCAGCCAUUUUGGGUUUCAGACAACUAGCCUGUUUUUGGAGGAGUAACUUAUCACCUAGUUAAAUUAGCUAGCUACUUUUUUUUAUCGAAGGAAUUAGUUAGCUAAGUAUUUAUUUCGAUUUUUCAGAGCGGAAGGGGGUGUCGUUUUAUAAGAAGAGGGGAUUUACUGUGACGAGUCCACGAUGAAUCCCGAAUAUGACUAUUUAUUCAAGCUGCUCCUGAUCGGUGACUCUGGCGUCGGAAAGUCAUGUCUUCUACUCCGAUUUGCGGAUGACACAUACACAGAAAGCUACAUAAGCACAAUCGGAGUAGACUUCAAAAUACGAACUAUAGAAUUAGACGGAAAGACCAUUAAACUUCAAAUCUGGGACACGGCGGGGCAGGAGAGGUUUCGCACGAUCACAUCAAGCUACUACAGAGGAGCCCACGGCAUUAUCGUAGUCUACGACGUCACAGACCAGGAGUCCUUCAACAAUGUCAAGCAGUGGCUACAGGAAAUCGACCGCUAUGCCAGUGAAAAUGUCAACAAGCUAUUGGUGGGGAACAAGUGUGACCUGACCACAAAGAAAGUGGUGGAUUACACAACAGCAAAGGAGUUUGCCGACUCCCUGGGCAUCCCAUUCUUGGAAACGAGUGCCAAGAGCGCCACCAAUGUGGAGCAGGCCUUCAUGACCAUGGCUGCUGAGAUCAAGAAGAGGAUGGGGCCAGGGGCCACGACCGGAGGCAACGAGAAGUCCAAUGUCAAGAUCCAGAGUACGCCUGUCAAACCUGCCUCGGGGGGCUGCUGCUGAGAAAGAACCCCACCAACGCCUCUACCCACAUCUCAAGCACCCCCCUCUGGCCUGUCAGCCCCCUCCACCUGGCCCCAUUUUCCACCAUGCCCCACCUUCCUAGCCUAACCGUAACCGAGAGGGAAAGUCUGAUAGAAAGAAGUUGUGUGUGUGCGAGAGGGAAAACAAAAUGAAGUUGCCUGAAUUUGUACUGUAGCUGUACUACCAAGAAAAUAAAUCAUUAUCCCCCCUC